GAAAUUUAAAACCUUAGACAUAUAUAUAUAUAUUUGACUGAGUAAUUGUGAAUUUUGUGAUUAUUCUCAUAAAAUGUUAAUCCAAUUUCUAUCAUUAUUUAUAUAAUAUCUUCACUAUAUAUAUUUAAGCAAAUCUUACCAAAAAUGAAAUUGAAAAUAUUACUUUCGUUCUAUUUAUAGCGUGAACUUGUAUGUAUGGCAAGAGAUAAUGAAAAAGUUAUAAUUUUUUGGAGUUAUGAGUGACUUUUAUAACAGAAUGUUGUUGCGGCGUAGAUUUUGUAAACGAGUAUUGCUUAUGCUAAUAGCAUUUUCUGUUUCAUUUUACGCUUCAGUUUUUCUAUUUGGAGGCUUCAAUGGACCUCAGGUGAUGAGGCUUACAGAUCUAAACCGUUGCCCGGCCUGCUACGGCGUGACAGUGUGUCCAGAGCUGUACUCCAAUCAAAUAACAUUAGAUUCAAAUCAAUGGAACAUGUUUAAUGCAAAAAACAUCUAUAAUGGUUACACUAAAUCAAACAGGAGGGUAGUCUUGAAAAAAUUAGCUCACGAUUGGGAAUUAAAAGAGUUUGAUGAUAGUCUAUGCAAGAAGUGGCGCUUAAAACAAGAUUGUAAGGCCAUACAAUUGCUAAACAUAUCAAAUGUUGAUGAAAAGCUUCUGAAAAUUGUUGAAUAUAAUUUAACAUGGCCAGACACAGAGCCAAGGAAAGGGCUAGUGAUGUGCCCAUAUGCUUACAGUUUGUAUGAUUUCAUUCAACCCUUGUUAAAUAACAAACGAGAGGGCUUUAAAUCUGAAAUGAUAAAUGUUUGGACCAUGCUGAGUAUUAAUCCUGAACCAAUAAUUUUACAGGUGAUACCAAAGUCUAAGGGUUGGCCAGUUCCACCAUAUGGAGGUGUAUGUGGCAGGUUGGAAGUGGUUGGCCAUGAGGGAGAACCUCUAUCUUCAUUGCUUUACGUAGCUUGGCACAGGAAAUUAAAGUAUGCACAGAAGAUUUUAAAUGCUGCAAUGGAUUUUACCUUUAAACAUGACAGAUUUCGUUUCUAUCUAAUGGAUUGGUCACUCGAUAACAUUGUUGUCAAUGAAAAGGAUGAAAUCACUUUUGUUGAUUUAGAAGACCUGAUUGUUCUCGAUAAGCAUAUAUCACCAAAGAAAGACCUGCCAGAUUGGUAUGAACGGUACAGUAGAGAGGCCUUAGGAUCCGGUUUUACAUUCUCGAUAGAAAACAUGUGUCGACAUCACCUGAGUGACCACAACCUUUGGGCUGCAUGUUAUAUUUUAGCUGGAGAGGAGAAUCCAUUGUUAUAUCCCAUACCUAAAGAAGUUAAUUCAUCUCGGCCACACUUUGAUAGACUGUUAAGUACAUGUUUGCACGGUGAAGACCGAUUUCGUACUGUUAGCAAACUACAGCAUGUAAUUGAAGAAAUGCUGUCAGAUAAUAAAAUAGUAAGAUUUGGUGCUGUAAGAUGAUAAGCGGUGUUUUUUAUUGAAUCCCUGCCUUGUUGAAUUAUUUUAUCUGUGAUAAUAUUUUGAUCUGUGUGACAUGGAUAUUUUAUUAUUUUGUUUGUAAAUUAAUUUUAAUGAGUUUUAUUGCAAUCAUGUUACUUUAUUUUGAUUAUACUUUUCUAUCAUUUUCAUGUGAAUAGAUUUUUUAACGUA